CUUGCCAACAACAAGCCUCACCACAUCCUUGUCUCACACAAUUGCUCUCCCCAGAGACAGCUCACCCUCGUCCUCACUCUCACCCUCACCGUCUCACUUACCUUGUCCCCCUUAUACACACACCUCACUCGCACACCGCACACGCGCACAUCUCCGCCGCCCGACAGUCCACACGCCCCGCCGCAUCCUCCCCAGGCAGCUCUUCAGCAGAGCAAAGCACCAUGGCUCCGCCAGCCGCAACUGCGAGCCAGCCUCUUCAGGAGCGACUGCUCAAUCUUGCCCAGACUCUCCAGUUCGCCUGGUUCGUCGGCCACGUCACGCUCCUCCUUACCACCAUCCGCUACUCGCUCAGCUACAUCUUCUUCAACUACUACAGCAAAUGGGCGCAGUUCAGCUACCGCACUGCCUUCAUCGCUGCAGCUGCCACGUACGGCAUUGUGGUGUUCAAGGGCUACAAAGCCCGCGUCAAGAGCGGCAAACAGCCCAGCAGCCCAUUGGCCCUCGCUGGUGACGAGAAUGUGCAAUACUUGGCCAUGUCCCUCCUCUGGCUCUUCUCCAAGCAGUACCCACUUGCCCUGCUCCCAUAUGCCAUCUACAGCAUCUUCCACGUCCUGACCUACACCCGCGGCAUCCUCCUCCCCACUCUUCAGCCACAGCCACCAGCUGCCGCUGGUCAAAAGCCCGCAACUUCCGGCCUCGCAGACUCCAUUGGCGCUUUUGUUAAGAACUAUUAUGACGCCAGCAUGUCCAUCGUUGCCGGUCUCGAACUUGCCCUCUGGUUCCGCAUUCUCGGCUCAGCCAUCAUCUUCGUCAAGGGCAGCUGGGUCAUCCUCGUUCUAUACACCAUCUUCCUCCGCGCACGCAUCAGCCAAAGCACCUUCGUGCAGGGCAUGAUCAAGCAGCUGGGCGCACGCGGUGACGCUCUUACCCAGCGCCAGGACGUUCCACCAGCUGCCCGUCAGGCUUGGGAGACUGCCAAGGGUCUUCUCAAGACUGUUCACGACCAGACUGACAUCAACCGCUACGUGCAGGGUGGUGCUGCCGCUCCCAAAAAGGCCCAGUAAGUCUUCUGCGCACACGGAGACAUGAUAAGAGACGAGUCACGCUUCAACGGCCGAGUCGAACACAAAAUCGAGAUGAACUUUGAGCGCAAACGAUGGGCUCCAACAAGGCGAUAGAUAUCGAGGCAGCGAAGAAACAUACAUGGGGAAGUUGAGACAUGGAGAUGAAGCGGCGGCACAGUAGCCGUGCGGUGGUCAGAGUCGCAACUGCUACUGUAGCUUGGAGUCGAGCAAGAAAUGCGUCUCGAGGGCAGCAUAUCUAUGUAAUUGGGCUUUACUUGGUAGUAUUCAUGCUACCUGGUAGCGAUGGAGCGGAUUUGAUAGUUACCUAAUCAAAAUGACAUGGAGUCUAUCAACCACUUCACCUCUCUCUACUAUCGUGCUCAAGAUUGGAAAGGAUAGGGGUCAUGUACU